UCUGGCACAGGAAACAGAUGGUUAUGUUGAGGAAUAUAAUGGAAGGCAAAUACGAGUUCUGUAGCCCCGAAUGGGAUGACAUCACAGAUCAGCCCAAAGAUCUCAUUAAAAAAUUAUUGGUUAUCGAACCAAACGAGAGGAUUAGUGCCACCGAAGCCUUAAAGCACAGCUUCUUUCAGGCCGUGCGCGCACGUGUCGGUCCAUUCAAUGCCCGCAAGACAUUUCAAUUGGCGAUAAUGGCUGUGCGGGCGAUGAUUCGCAUCAUGAGAUUAAAGUAUACUCCGGAACCGCUUAGUCUAGAGAUGGCGAAGAUUAAUCCCUAUAGGAUUAAGACUUUAAGAAAAGCUAUCGACGGGUGCGCUUUUCGGGUAUACCAUCAUUGGGUGAAACGGGGAGAAGUCCAGAAUCGAGCCGCACUUUUCGAGAAUAGGCCUAAAGUCGAAGUGAAACUCUUAUACAUGCAGUCGAUAGCUAUGAACACUAGGAGUUAA